GCGUGCUGACGUCAGGCGCGUGCCCCUGUCCGGCAGCUGAGGAGACCCCGCGCACUGCUGCCAACGCCCCGGCGGAGGAGCUGAGGUCAUCAUCAAAUUUGAAAUAUUUAAAGUGGAUACAAAACUGUUUCAGCAAUGCAGACAAUUAAGUGCGUUGUUGUGGGCGAUGGUGCCGUUGGUAAAACAUGUCUCCUGAUAUCCUACACAACAAACAAAUUUCCUUCUGAGUAUGUACCGACUGUUUUUGACAACUAUGCAGUCACAGUUAUGAUUGGUGGAGAGCCUUAUACUCUUGGACUUUUUGAUACUGCAGGGCAAGAGGAUUAUGACAGAUUACGACCGCUGAGUUAUCCACAAACAGAUGUAUUUCUAGUCUGUUUUUCAGUGGUCUCUCCAUCCUCAUUCGAAAAUGUGAAAGAAAAGUGGGUGCCUGAGAUAACUCACCACUGUCCAAAGACUCCUUUCUUGCUUGUUGGGACCCAGAUUGAUCUCAGAGAUGACCCCUCUACUAUUGAGAAACUUGCCAAGAAUAAACAGAAGCCUAUCACCCCAGAGACUGCUGAAAAACUGGCCCGUGACCUGAAGGCUGUCAAGUAUGUGGAGUGUUCUGCACUUACACAGAAAGGCCUAAAGAAUGUAUUUGAUGAAGCAAUAUUGGCUGCCCUGGAGCCUCCAGAACCGAAGAAGAGCCGCAGGUGUGUGCUGCUAUGAACGUCUCUCCAGAGCCCUUUCUGCACAGCUGGUGUCGGCAUCAUACUAAAAGCAAUGUUUAAAUCAAACUAAAGAUUAAAAAUUAAAAUUCGUUUUUGCAAUAAUGACAAAUGCCCUGCACCUACCCACAUGCACUCGUGUGAGACAAGGCCCAUAGGUAUGGCCCCCUUCCCCCUCUCAGUACUAGUUAAUUUUGAGUAAUUGUGUAUUGUCAGAAAAGUGAUCAGUACUAGUUUUUGUUUUGUUGUUUCAAAAAAAUUAUUAUUAUUUUUUUUUGUUUAAAAGCAAGGCAUGCUUGUGAUGACUCUGUAACAGACUAAUUUGGUUGUUGAAGCUGUUUCCGGGUUCCACUCUGGCGAGUAAUCUGGGAUAUCUAGUUUUCUUUUUUCUUUUCUUUUUUUUGGGGGGCGGGGGAGUGUGUGUGGGAUUUGUUUUUAUUUAGUCAUGUUUUUUAAAUUCAUUAACCAUUGGACAGCCCUUAAGGGGAGGAGGAUAGAUUGAUUCCACAUUCCACUUCCUAGAUCUAGUUUAGAAAACGUGUUCCCCACCUGGUGCUCUUAGGAAGGAGUAUAGUAAACGCCUCAUUUAAUAAUAUACUCCUUUUUGAAAGUUGCCUUUUCUCUCCACCCUUGAGUAUGUCCAGUAUUUGAUGAAACUCAUGAAAGUGGGUGGAACCUGUCUUGCCCCUCCUCUUUUCUAGGAUGCACUAUAUAUGUGACUGUGACUCUCAAGGAAAUUUGUUUGCCAUUUGCUGAUUUUUUUUGAAGUUAAUUUCUAACUUCUUUCACUGAUAAAUGAAGAAAAGUAUUGCACCUUUUGAAAUACACCAAAUGGAUUGAGUACGUAAUUAAAAAACAUUUCUUUUCCCUGUCAGUCAUUGUCUUAAUAUGCUUAGCAUAGAUGUGCAGCUUAAUAGUGUAUGAUACAGUGUUCCUAGAACACAGCUGAAGACCUGGUAUAUAGAGGAAAUCCGAGGGGUGGUGCUAGAAGACAGAUGUCUAUGGGAUGAUUCACAUCCUCUUUCAAGUUAUGAGGAUGGAGACCUGCUUCAUUAAGAAGCUGGGGGUUGGGUGGGGUAGGGUGGGGGUGGGGAGAACAUUUAACAACAUGGGGACCAGUCAGGGAAAUCCCCUUAUUUCUGUUUUGCAUAUGAGGAACGCUAGAGCAGCCAGGUGAGGCUCUCUAGUUUAAUAAAAAUCCUGGGGAGAGUCUUAUGAAGACUCUUCAUAAGUGUUAAUAGGGAUUUUAUCAGCUUAUUUUGGUUGCAGUUUCCAAGUCUUAAAAAUGUUAGGUAAUCUUCCCCACCUUCCCCAAAUCCUACUUCUUGUAGAUUUCAUUAGUGUUGAACCAAUGCUUUCUCAUGUCUGAAUUCUUUGUAUAUGCAUUCUUUUCAGAUGUAUUAAACAAACAAACAAAAAAACCCAUUACAAGUCAGCCUGGGGGUUGUUAUUUUCCCUCCGCCUCUUAAUUUUUAGAUAUUUAGGAAUGGGAACUUGACUCUUAUUGAUAUCAAUUUCUAACAGAUUUCAAGAUAAAGAUUUAGAGCACAGAGGUUUAAUGUACUUUGUUUUGUGGAAUUCAGUUUGAGAUUUUUUUUCCCCUCACAUUCAGGUUUGUGCCUUCUCCCCUAAGUUUGGCAGGUAGCCUACAGACUCCUCUUUAAUACCAAGUGGGUUCAUAACAGUUCUUAGUGAAGAAAUGUUCUGGAAGCUCACUGCUCAUGUUUUUGGAAGGAAAUGGCAGCAUACUUCCAAAUCCAUCCAUCAGUUGGAAAGCAGCCAUUUUUCUCCAAGUUUUCUGUAUCAGUGGUUUUCAAACUUUGCUGCUUUAGUAGAGUGGAGCUUGAGCAGUGGGUUAUUUAAAAGCUUUCCAGGUAUUUACAUUAUGCAGCCAAGUUUGAGAACUACUGCUCCUAGGUUGUUAACCUCAAACUGCUUCUAAAAGAUUCCAGAUUCUGUGCUUUGAAUCUGAAUAUGGGACACAUUUUCUGUAGGUGACAAGAAUGAUUCAUUUCCCUUAAGGGCAUUAUACUGAUCUGUAUGAGAGUCUUAGAAACUAAGGACUGUUAAUCCAGUUAAUAAGGUUGAUACAAUGGAUAGCCUCAUUUUGAUAGUUUUCUAUAUGGAGUCAUGUUUGACUUGAUUCCAUACUGUGCUAGAACUAAGCUGGGCUGAUCGGGAAUGGGUUAGGAAGAGGCAAAUCUAAGCUUUGCUGUUUUAACGAAUGUAUCUUAUUCCUUGUUGACCAUACCAGGGAGAGACACCUGGAUCAUGUUAUGAGACUGAGGGGAGCAGAAACUGUGUAUGUGUAUCCCUAGUUCUUAGUACAGUGGCAUAUAGGUCCAUCCUGAUUAUUGCUGUAGCCCUGGCCUAGAGCAGUGUUUGACACAUAAGAAAUGACUAUAAAAAUAGUCAUUGGAUGGGUACAUGUUUUCAAGAAUGAAUAAAUGAAAUAAAGCAGGUUA